AUGCCGCGGGUCAAGGUGUGGGUGCUUGCUGGGAUUCUCUUAUGCGGGCUGCAUUUCCUUGGGUUAGAGGCCUUCAAGGUGAGCAAACGCCCAACGCGGACUCGAACCUGUGCCGACCGGCCUGAGGAGCUUCUGGAACAGCUGUAUGGGAGACUUACAGCUGGAGUGCUCAGUGCCUUCCACCACACCCUGCAGCUGGAGCCGCUGGAAAAAGAGCACAAUAUCAGUUGCCCUGUGGGAAGCAGGUCUUCUAUGGAUAAGAAUUACCGGCUCCCCAUCAAUCUCAACAGUGUCUCCCCUUGGUCAUACAGAAUUUCCUACGAUCCCACAAGGUAUCCAAAGUACAUUCCUGAAGCGUACUGUCUGUGCAAAGGCUGCCUUACCGGAGCGUAUGGGGAAGAGAAUUUCCACUUUCGGAGCACCCCAGUAUACAUGCCGACGGUCAUCUUGCGCCGCACCACAUCCUGCACCGGAGGCCGCUAUGUUUACACUGAGGAUUAUGUCACGAUCCCUGUGGGUUGUACCUGCAUACCAGAACACGAAAAAGACACCGAUGGCAUCAAUUCCAGUAUAGACAAGCAAGCGGCAAAACUGCUAGUGAAUCAUAAUGACAAGCCGGCAUCAGAAUGA